AUGGCCAACAAGAAACCAGAUUGGAAUAACGCCAUGAAGAAUGAGGGUCUGGACGACAUGACAUUGUUGUCAAAGGUGACCAAUGACCAGAUCCUCGAGAAUUUGAAGAAGCGUUUCGAGAAGGACAUCAUCUACACGAGUAUCGGUGAUGUGUUGAUCUCGGUCAAUCCAUUCAAGCCAAUACCCAUCUACACCGACGAGAUCCUGCACGAGUACGAGGGCAAGUCGCGUAUCGAGCUGCCACCACACGUCUAUGGUGUGGCCGAGCAGACCUACCGCUCGAUGAUCAACGAGAAGGAGAACCAGUGUGUCAUCAUCUCGGGUGAGUCGGGCGCCGGCAAGACCGAGGCCGCCAAGAAGAUCAUGCAGUACAUCGCCGCCGUCAGUGGCGAGGCGGGCAGUACGGGCAACAAGAAGGUCGAGCACGUCAAGUCGAUCAUCCUCGAGACCAACCCACUGCUCGAGGCGUUUGGUAACGCCAAGACACUGCGCAACAACAACUCGUCGCGUUUCGGCAAGUACUUUGAGAUCCAGUUCAACGCCAAGAACGAGCCAGAGGGCGGCAAGAUCACCAACUACUUGCUGGAGAAGUCGCGUGUCGUCUUCCAGCUGAACGGCGAGCGUAACUUCCACAUCUUCUACCAGUUCUGCCGCGGCGCCACCGCCAAGGAGCAGGAGGAGUUUGGCAUCUACGGCCCAGAGAACUUUGCCUACCUCACCAAGGGCAACACGCUUGACAUUGACGGCGUGGACGACGUCGAGGAGUUUGAGGCCACACGCCACGCCAUGAACGUCAUUGGCAUCAACGCACAGGAGCAGUACAACAUAUUCAAGCUGAUCUCUGGUAUCCUGUGGCUUGGCAACGUGGACUUUACCGAGCAGGCGGGAGACAAGUGUGUCGUGUCUGACCAGUCUGUGCUGGACUUUUGCGCGCAGCUGCUGAGCGUUCCCGCCAACCUGCUCAAGACGGCGCUCGAGUUCCGCCAGCUUGAGACCAAGCGCGGCAACCAGCGCGGCACCCAAUACAAUGUGCCACUGAACAAGGCGCAGGCCAUCUCGGGCCGUGACGCGCUGGCCAAGGCCAUCUACGACCGUCUGUUCAACUGGCUGGUGGACCGCAUCAACAAGGCCAUGGAGAACCCGACCACCGGCCUCAUGAUUGGUGUGCUGGACAUCUAUGGAUUCGAAGUGUUUGAUCGCAAUGGAUUCGAGCAGUUCUGCAUCAACUACGUCAACGAGAAGCUGCAGCAGAUCUUCAUCGAGUUCACGCUCAAGAUGGAGCAGGAGGAGUACGUGCGCGAGGGCAUCAAGUGGGAGCCCAUCCAGUUCUUUGACAACAAGAUUGUGUGCGAGCUGAUCGAGGGCAAGAACCCGCCCGGCAUCUUCUUGAUCCUAGACGACGUGUGCCGCGCGGUCCACUCGCAGACCGACGGCGCUGACAAGUCGUUGCUGCAACGUAUUGCCGUGUGCAAGUCCAACGCUCACUUUGACACGCGUGGCAAUGCCUUUUGCGUGAAGCAUUACGCCGGAGACGUCACUUACGAGGGCGCCGGCAUGAUCGAGAAGAACAAGGACACGCUGCUCAAGGACCAUCUGGAGCUGCUGCAGAUCUCCACCAACAACUUCCUCGUCGCGCUCUUCCCCGACGUCAUCGACCCCGACUCAAAGAAGCUGCCCACCACAGCCGGCUUCAAGAUCAAGUCGCAGGCCAACGAUCUCGUCGCCACACUCAUGAAGGCCACGCCACAUUACAUCCGUUGUCUCAAGUCCAACGAUGUGAAGCGCGCCGACGUCUUUGACGGUCCACGUGUGCUCCAUCAGAUCAAGUACCUGGGUCUUCUCGACAACAUCAAGGUGCGUCGUGCCGGUUUUGCCUACCGUACCUUCUUCCAGAAGUUCCUCGAGCGCUACUACCUGCUCUCGGACAAGACCUGUUACGCCGCCAACAACAUCUGGAAGGGCGACGCGCUCGGCGGCUGCCGCGCCAUCCUCCAAUCACAAAACGUCGACAACAGCCAGUUCCAGAUUGGAAAGAGCAAGGUGUUCAUUCGCCACCCCGAGAUGUUGUUUGCCCUCGAGGAGACACGCGAGCGCUACUGGCACGACAUGGCGUCGCGUAUCAAGAACGCCUACCGCAACUACAAGGCCUUCCAGUUUGAGUGCUCCAACCGCAUCAAGAACGCCUUCAAGAACUACAAGAUGUACCGCCACCGCUGCGCCCAGACCAUCCAGGGCUACUACCGCGCUCUCAAGCAGGCCUCACCCUUCUUUGACUUGCGCCAGCAGACCGAGCAGCUCAUCACUGGCCGUAAGGAGCGUCAGCGUUUCUCGAUGAUCAGUGUGCGCAAGUACUAUGGAGACUACCUGGACGUGCGCUCGCAGAACUACCUGCUGGACGCCAUGGCAGAGGGUCGCAAUGAAGAGGUGAUCCUGUCGGCCAAGUGCCAGAUCAUCAUGCAUCCACUGCUCUCGGCCAACAAGAUGAGCCCGCGCUUCCUCAUCGUCACACGUCAGGCCAUCUACCUGAUAAAGCUCAAGCAGAAGAAGAACCUUGCACAGUAUCUGCUCGACCGCCGUCUGCCCUUGCAGGAGGUGGCUUCAUUCGCAAUGUCGACACUUGGCGACAACUACAUCUUUGUGCGCGCGCCCAACGAGGGCGACAUUGCGCUGGUCUGCGACUUCAAGACCGAGCUGAUGGCACAGAUCAACAAGCAGAAGGGCACACAGCUACCCGUCGUCUUCCAGCAGGACGUAGAGUAUCACAAGAAGAAGAACAGCAACAACACUUGCAAGUUUGUCAAGGACGAGAUGCACAAGGAGGCAUUCUACAAGAAGAACACUGUGCACAUCGCUUCUGGCAUGCCCGCCUCGUCAACCAUCAACAAGCCACGCAAGAACCCAAGCAAGACAUUCGUGUCGUCGUCAUCUGGAUCGAGCGCAGCACCAAAGCGCGUAGCUACUCCAACAGCUGGAGGUCCCAAGCCAGCUGCCGGUGGCGCUGGACGUGGAAUGGGUAUGCCCAUGCCCGCGCCAGGCGGUGCCAAGAAGAUGGCACCAAUGCCCAGCCCAGCCGGUAACAAACCACCUGCUGGAGGAAUGUCCAAGCCAUCUCCAAUGGCCGGUGGACCCAAGCCAGCAGCUCCAGCUGGAGGACGUGGUAUGCCUUUGCCAUCGCCAGGUGCUCCAAAGCAGGCCGCACCAUCAGCCCCAGCUCCAGGCGCAGUCAAGCCCGCAGGAGGUAGAGGUACACCUAUGCCAUCGCCUGCUGGCGGAAGAGGUACACCUCUCCCAUCACCUGGCGCACCCAAACAGGCUGCCGCACCAUCUCCAGCACCAGGCAUGGCCAAGCCUGCCGGUGGUCGCGGUAUGCCACUUCCAGCUCCAGGUGGUGCCCCAUCCAAGCCUGCCGGACGCGGCAUGCCACUUCCAACACCAGGCGCUCCCAAGCCAGCUGCUCCCAAACCUGCAGCACCAGUAGCACCUAAAUAUAUUGCUUUGUACGAUUAUGAUGCUCAACAAUCAGACGAGCUCACAUUCAAGGAGAAUGACAUCAUCACACUGAUCAAGAAGGUUGACAAUGAUUGGUGGCAGGGAGAGACCAAUGGAAACUCUGGAAUGUUCCCAUCAAACUACGUUGAGCUUCAAAAAUAA